CGAUUUUCUUUAAUCGCUGAAGAAAAUAAAGAAGAAAUCACCUAUUGUCACUCUGCAACAGUUCAUCUUCACCAUGGUUCCUCUAAUCGAUGUGGAAAAGGAAGUUGAGAUAUCCGCCUCUAUCUCUUCAUGGGCAUCAAGGAAUUUGGAUGGUUCUCAAAAGAGGGGCUCCGCAAUUCUCAAUUUGUAUUUUGGUAAAGUGGAGAUUGGAAAUGAUGAAUUUCCCUUUUUUUGGGCAAUGCAGUUUGGCACCCAUGAUGUAGCCAUAUUAAAACUGAACAUGGUUGAUUCAGGAGCUCUUGGACAAGGUGCAGUUUACUGGCUAAAGGAUUCUUUAAUCAAUGUUGCUUUUGAUAACAUCCAAGAAGAAGAUUUAAACAGUCCAUUACAUCUAGAAAAAGAGUCAAAUGGGGGGUUACAUCCUAGGAUGAAGGAUGCCUUUAUAGAACUGAGUAAAGGUUUGCUAUCGGUACCUGCUGCUGAUCUAGUUCCUUCUUGUUUGGAGAGAGAUUGCCAACAUUGUCAAAGAAGGAUGUGACGUUAGGCCCUUUUAACUUUAACCUUUAUCACUAUCAGGUUUGUAAGUGCUUACUUUCUUUGUGCAUUUUCUUUUCAGAUGACUAAUGUUUACCUUUUCCUUUUCCCUUUCUUUUUCCUGUGGUUGAAUGCAUUCCUGGUAGCCUUAUACAUAUCUGCUACUAUGGAUGUCUCCAAUUUAGUAGGUUUUUAUUAUUCAUCUUCAAAAUGAAGGCACAAUCGAUUU